AUGGCCUCGAUCUUGGUGAUGCGAGACGGCUGGAUGCUUCGGGAGGUGGGCCUGGUGUGCCUCCUGGAAGGGUUGUUGGUGACCAUGCUCUAUGUCGAGCUGCUCACUUGGGUGCACUCCGUGGAUGCCGCGGUGGCGUUGCUGCGAGGUCUGCAGCUGGGUCGGGUCCUCCAUCUGCCCCGUCUCUACAAGUGGGCCGGCCUCGCGAGGCCGGUGUCGAACUGGAUGCAUCGAAGCAGCCGAGAGGUGCGUGCGCUGGUGAACAUGCUGCUUUCGAUGGUCCUGGGUCUCUUCUUCUUGCACGUGCUUACGUGCCUGUGGUUCUUCGUGCGCAGUGACAGGGAGAGCCUGGAGGGCCUCUCAGUGCAGGAGCAGUACCGGAUCACCUUGGAAACGGCCAUGGGCCGCCUUCACCCGGUGCGGACUGCCGAGAACAUGCUGCUCCCCACGCAGGUCGAAAGGGUGGUCGCGCUCUUGGCCUCUGGAUCAGCGCUGCUUUUCGGCUCCAUGUUCGCCUCCCUCGUCACCAACGACUUGGCGGACGUCCGGCGCGUGCGGCGCAUGCAGAAGGAGACGGUCCACCAGGUCUCCGACUAUUUGAGCAUCUUCCCCAUCCCCUGGGAUCUGGAGAAGCAAUGCAAGGACUUUCUCCGGAGCAAGAUGGCCAGCCAGGCUCCUCCAUGCAAGGCGGAGAUUGCCCAGCUCUUGCCGGAAUUCUUGUACCAUGAAGUUUGUUGCGAAGCUCUGACGGCAGUCGUCGCGAAACACGACUUUUUCACGGGAUUGUGUUCGAGCCAUGAAGCGUUUCGGCACGAUCUCUGUGUUCGUGGAUUGCAAGACUGGAACGUGGAGCCUCACGAGGUGCUGCUUUCUGCGGGGCUGAAGUGUCCGAGCAUGCUCUUCGUUGCGCACGGCUGCGUCCUCUAUGGCCAGCGCUUCUGCCGCCAGCGGUCUUUCACCGUCGUCACCACCUCGGCCGCCAGCAGCCGAGUCGAGCCUUUGAUGGUCGGCGAUACACGAGAUGGGAACAACAAUAUCCAGUUCCUGACGCAUGGAGAUUGGCUCUGCGAGCAAUGUCUCUGGACCGAGUGGACCUACAUUGGCAAGGCCACGGCGGACGGUCGUACGACGCUUCUCUGUCUUUCGCCUGAGACUCUGAUGGAGGUCACGCGCUUGCAUCGCGCAGCCACUGCCGAGCUGAUCCUUUAUGCCAGGCUCUUCGUGAAUGCUCUCAAGGACAUUCCCGAGGAAGACCGAACGGAUCUGCCCGUCCAUAUGGACAACAUCAACUUUUGA